GCGAGCCGCACCAGUAAGGUUAGUAUUCACUGUUGGUUUGUCUCAAAAGCCUGCAGCAAGAAACACCAGCAGGACAGCAGUAAUAAAUAAUCAACAUUUGCAUCCUGGAACAUAAAGUAUCUUGCAAAGUUAUUUAUCUAUGUACUGAGUUGAGUGAAAGUGAUAAUUAUAUAAAAACACUGAGGUGAGAGAGAUACAGAUAUGACCUCAAAGGAGGAGCCAAACUAUCAGACACCACCCACCUGCGAUCUGCUCAGCCUUCUGUUGAAGAACAGACGCCCCACUGGAGCUGUCAACGAGGUUUGGCCCAACCUCUACAUCGGAGAUGCGGCUGCAGCUCGGGAUAAAACCCUGUUAGCGAAACUGGAAAUAACACACGUGGUGAAUGCUGCAGAUGGCCCCCAGCACAUUGACACCGGGCCAGGUUUCUACGCCGACGCCAGCAUACUGUAUCACGGAGUAGAAGCACCAGACUGUAAAGAUUUUGACUUGAGCCCUUUCUUCAGUGAGACGGCUGAUUUUAUUCAUGGUGCUCGGAGCCAAAAAGGGAAGGUGCUCGUCCACUGCGCUCGGGGAAUCAGCCGCUCGGCAGCUCUUACACUGGCCUUCCUCAUGAUCAAAGAAAGGCUCACACUGGUGGAGGCUGUGGAGGUUGUGUGCCGGCACAGAAACAUCCUCCCAAAUGUUGGAUUUCUGAACCAGCUCCGUGAGCUGGACUCAUCCCUAUUCACGUAGUAGAGCACAUAAUGCCAAAAAGGGGACAGUUUCAUAGUUGACAUUAUCUGUGCAGAUGAAAUCGUCCUGGUGGCUCCAUUUGGGUGGCUUCGGGCACUCGCAUCUUAAGUGAAUUAAAGCACCAUGUAAUCCAACUUGGCUUGAUGGGAUUUUGCUUAGCUUAGUCAAGCGAUACAUCAGCGUUCAUAAUAGCACGCUUAAACACACAACAUGCAGAGCACAAAGUAGAACUGACAGACAAAUGUUUUGUCAGGUGAGCGAUCAACACAGACAGUCUGCCUGUCAGAAAGGGUUUGUCAACACUAAAAUAAAGUCCGCUGAAAGUUAAAAAGACUUCAAUCCUGUCAUGUUCAGUUCAUUUUUGACACAAACAGAACCUCAUUGUAUUUGAGACUAUUUCAAGCCUUAUUUU